UCUAUAGUAGGCCAGUUCAUACCUAUAGUAGUCAUGACUCGCCUUGCGUUCAUUUUGUCAGUAUUAGUACUGGUCGUUCAGGUCUAUGGCGACGAAAACGACCUACUUCCUGAUGACGCAGGAGAGGAUAUACUUUCACAAGAUCGAUUAUACGACUUAAUGCUAGAUGACCGUGGGGUAAAUCCAUGUAAUAUACAAGAGUCCUACUUAAAAUGUCCAGGUGAAAAUUAUUGUUACAAAGACCAGUGUCCAAGUGGUCAGCAUUGUUGUUCGACGCAAAAAUGUGGAAAUAUAUGCCUCUGCAAACCACACCCCGAUAACUGUUCAAAGUUUUGUAGUAAUGGACACAAGACCGGACCAGAUGGCUGUUAUACGUGUGAUUGUGAACCAUUUAAUUUAAAACGACUUCUAAGGAGAUUAAUUGACAAAAAGGACAAACAGUCAUCUACAGAAGAGACAGGGUUAAUGUAAAAGACAGGCGUGCAAGAUUACUUUAGAGGAAACAACAUAACGUAUAGUUCAGUUACAAAGUGAAACCUAUAUAGACAAUUAGGUUUUGUUUUCGUUUCAAUCAGUCGUUAACCACUUUCAAUAUCAUCUAAUGUAAUGAAGUCGUAAAGCAUAUUGAAAGUUGAACAGUUUUUUGUCUCUUUUAUAAAUAAACUUAGUUUUUAAUUUG